UGUGGUUGCAGUCGUUUAAAUUUACUCAGUGUGUGGGGGUGCGCAUAGGAGACUCUGCCAGACUAGCCAUUCCCACCAAAACCUCCAAGAAACACAGAUCUGAAUGCAACUUGUUGACGUCUCUGUAAUCUCCCCCGGAGCGGAGUGGAUCGCCUCAGGAUCGGGAAGCCCCCGUGUUUCUUCUCGGGGAUUUAAUACUGAUGGAGACACGGUGAGCUGCGCCUUGAUACAUUAAAUGGAGCACACCCCCGUUUUUUUUUACACCUUUAACACCUUCUAGCGAUUGAACUCUGGAUGAAGACAUUUUCAAACUAACUGUUCAAGUCGUCAUAAAUUCUAGUCGUUCAACAGAAACAGAAGCUAUUAGCCGGCAGCAUUGGACUGUAACCAGCCCCUAUUUCGUUUGUGCGUAAAGGAAGGACAUGCACCGGAAUUCCCUGAUUGCUUUUGUUGCCCGCUUUUAUCAAAGAGAAAGAGGAGAGGAAUUCACAAAAGGAAGGAGAAACAUGGAUGAACAUGCUGCAAAGGAUGCUUCAUGAAAGUCCGACAAAACCUUCGCAGCCAUAUGGACACUGCAACUGAAAGUGUAUCUUGCAGACAGUGCUGUGUAGAGGAGACGCUAACACACAAGCAUUUUACACUAGGGACCUGAAAAAAAAGCUUUGCUGAUCACAAAAAUGAGCAAAUUUCAACGUAACUGCCAAAACCAACAUGGAUUUUGCAUAAUUACCUACAAGCGGACUGGAUAACUAGAAUUUCUCCUCAUCUUGGUUUGAUGCAUAUCAUGUAAACUGUAAUGUUGUGGCUUUCCAGCAUCAUCAAAGACAAAAGGCACAGCCAAGGUUCUGUACAAACCUCAAUUUAGAAGGCUUCACGUGGAUUUGGGAAUAGAUAAGAGAGAGACAACAAGUAUAUCUGUCGACAUCGUCUUCCUACAUGCAGCUCCCCGCUUAGCUUUAUUGAAAAGGAGCAGCCCAUUAAAGCAUUUGAUAGGUAGGAAGGCUUGGUCUGAGGGUGCUGGCUGGCUGGCUGCUGGUUGGAGAUGAGAUAAGAGCACUGGGAAGAGAGAAAAGAAGUGGCUGUCUGACAGGAGCUGAAUACAAAUCAGCAAUCAUUUCUCCUGCAGCUACACCAGUGAGGCAAAUCAAUAAUAUAUAAUAAUGUAAAGCGAAAUGGACAAAUUAGCUGCCAUCAAUUACAGGAGCAUUAGUUUAGUAGUAAUUAUGGAAUUUUUGCUGAUAUUGCACUGCAACAGAAGGGAUGGGAAAUGAGGAGAAAUGAGAUUUUUUUCUAGGACCAAGCCACUGUACAGCCUGUCCUCGGUGCCAUGCCUGAACUGAUCCAUGUGCAGUUUUGGAUAGCAGUGAUGAGGCUGGUCUAAACCUUAGAGAAAAGAAGGUUUAAAAGGAGCAGAGGCGAGAUGGAGUUAGAUAAUAUCUCACUAGAUAACUUUACCAGCAACAUCACAGAGAUUCCUGAUACCACUACAACUCCACCCUGGAGCGAGACCACGCUGCUUGGCCUCCAGAUCUCCCUGUCUGCACUGUUAGCUCUCGUCACGCUGGCUACUGUCCUUUCAAACGCCUUCGUCAUCGCCACCAUCUUUCUGACCAGGAAGCUCCACACACCUGCCAACUUCCUGAUCGGCUCCCUCGCCGUCACAGACCUGCUGGUGUCUAUUUUAGUCAUGCCAAUUAGCAUCGUAUACACCGUCAGCAAGACCUGGUCGUUCGGGCAGAUUGUUUGUGACAUCUGGCUGUCGUCUGACAUCACCUUCUGCACGGCCUCCAUCUUGCACCUGUGUGUGAUCGCACUGGACCGCUACUGGGCCAUCACAGAUGCGCUGGAGUACUCAAAACGCCGCACCAUGCGCCGGGCAGGGAUCAUGGUUGGGGUGGUGUGGGUGAUCUCCAUAUCAAUUUCCAUGCCUCCACUUUUCUGGCGUCAGGCCAAAGCCCACGAGGAGCUUACAGAGUGCUUGGUGAAUACAGAUCAGAUCUCUUACACCCUAUACUCCACCUUCGGCGCCUUCUACGUUCCCACGGUGCUUCUCAUCAUCCUCUAUGGACGGAUCUAUGUUGCCGCCCGCUCCCGCAUCUUUAAGACGCCAUCAUCCUCGGGGAAACGCUUCACCACAGCACAGCUCAUCCAGACCUCUGCAGGCUCCUCUCUCUGUUCUCUUAAUUCUGCCUCCAACCAGGAAGCACACCUACACUCUGGCAAUGCAGGAGGUGGAGGGGGAGGGGGAGGAUCGCCUCUGUUCAUGAAUAGUGUGAAAGUGAAGCUGGCAGACAGCGUGCUGGAAAGGAAACGUCUGUGUGCAGCUCGGGAGAGGAAAGCGACCAAGACAUUGGGCAUCAUCUUGGGCGCGUUCAUUGUCUGUUGGCUCCCAUUCUUUGUCGGCACGCUCGUCAUGGCCAUAUGUAAAGAGUGCUGGUUUGAUCCAGUGCUUUUUGAUAUAUUCACCUGGCUGGGAUACCUGAACUCCCUCAUCAAUCCUGUCAUUUACACCGUAUUCAACGAUGAGUUCAAACAAGCUUUCCAAAAACUCAUUAAAUUCAGACGGUGCUCCUGAAAAACUUUACAGUGGAUUAAAACUCUUGGAAAACAGGGAGUGAAAAAGACAAUGAACAAAAAAAGAUAAUAAUGAUAUGAAAUAAUGAUAAUGAAAGUACCGCACACUUAAAUGUUCCAUCUUGUAAAAACAUGCUAAUUGUGAUUUUUAUUUUUUCUUUACAUCAGACAACUCUGUGCUAUAGCUCUUUGGAUUCCUACAGCAUACCCUUCAUGUAGACUUGCAUGCACACUAAAAAAAAGAGACAAAUCUUGACCCCCAAGAAUUGUGGAACUCAUCUUUAAAAGAUAAAGAAAAGGGAUUUGAAGUCUAUUUCAUGUCACGAGGCACUGCUGUUAUUUCUUGGACAGAAGAAAAAAAGGAUUGGUGUAACUGUAUGGAACAAGCAAACUCAUAGUGACUGGGUUUAAUCCAGCAAAAAUGAAAAGCCAUGAAAUAUAUGUUGUCUUAAUCUCUGUGUCAUACUGUAUGCUACUCCCAUAUAAUGUUUCUGUGGUACAGUAAAGUACUUAGAAAAACUACAAACUCAAGAGAUACAGAAAAACUUUCACCAUAUUUUAUUAUAUGUGAAAGUGGUGUGUGUGUGUCUGUAUGAGUGCGUAUAAAGAUAGUUACUUUACCGUAAUAUAUGCGUAUUUGAAGAGGGAAGGAUUGUCAAGUGUUUGACAUUUAUACAUGCUUUUCUUCA